GCCAGUGACCGUGCAGCUGCUCGAGUGAACGCAUACACACAACAACGAGAGAAUCGCUUGGCAUCUCUUACUAAACCUGACGAAGAAUCACGAAAAGAUUUCAAAAAGCUAUAUGAAAGCGCCUACACUGAAAAUGAAAAGUUGAAAAGCAACCUCCGAGAAGCCCAGCUGGAGCUUGCAGAUAUCAAAGCCAAGCUGGAAAGAGUUGUGAAGAAACAGGACCAAUCCUCAAGUCAGGCUGGACUGCUAGAGGUUGAAAAGAGAGAGAAGAGGGUUUUGGAACGCAGGAUGACGGAAAUGGAAGAUGAUCUUAAGGUUGUUACAGACCUAAAAUCUGAUAACCAGCGUCUGAAAGAUGAAAAUGGAGCCUUGAUUCGAGUAAUAAGC